AAGCUUCAAACAUGAUACCAUUGGUUUACCUCACAUUUUGAGUAGAAUAGCAAAACAAGAACUCUCUCUCCUCUCUCUCUCUCUCUCUCAUCGAUAAAUCUUCUUCCUCUACACGGCGCAAUCAAAGCGAUACGUUCCCGGUCUCUCUACUCUCAAAACUCGCAACAAUAUAAAAACGCCUCUUUCUCUCAGUACACACUUCCUCUCUCUCCAGAAAUUGGAAUUUUUGGCUCUCUCUCUCUCUCUCAAAUUUGCCUAAAAUCAAUUCGCUGAAUCGCUCUGCUUAGCAUUGACAUCACCAGGCGGCGAGAGCUAGACGUGAUUAGGGUUUGGUUUCCCAGUGUUUGAUCUUCUUUAAUUCAUUGUUAAUCCAACGGUUCAGGGUUAGUCAGUUUUUUCUUAAUCUCCAUAUAUACUGUUUGUUCCUAUUCUUCUGAUAAUUUCCCUCAAUACUCUUUCUUCACUGUUCAAACCCUAGGUUUAUCGUAAUUGUUUCCUUGUGGGUAUCGAGUUUUUGCCCUCGUUUGAUGGUUUUCAAUUCUAGGGUUUGAUUAUCUCUCUUAAUGGACUUGAAUUUUGCUUUAAGAAGUGCUCUGUUUUGCUCAUCUUCAUUUAGGGGGUAGGGAUGUUUGGUUUGCCUUGUGUUUGUUUGAAGUUAAUUGCUGGGAUGAGGGUCUUCUAGGUUUGUUGUUCCUGAAUAUGUAGGACUCUAGAACCUGUUCUUAGCAUUGUUUUUGGGCACCCAGAGAUUAUACUAGGUUGUUUCUUUUGAAUUGAUUAACGUUGUUCUUGACUGACUUUACAGUAUAUAUAGUGUACAGAGAGAACGAAUCAUAGUUAUAGUGUAUAUGACAGUUACAAUUCUUUCAUUGGACGUUGGGUUUUGAAGCAUUAGGGUUUGGAAAUUUUAAUUGAGGACACUGCUGACUUCGUUAUUUCUGGAAAUUAAGUAACAUCGGAUUUAUACUGUGAAGGAACACAAUAAUUUUUGGAGAUACUAGGUGGUUAUCGAGCAAUUAAUACAUGAAAGACAAGUUAGCACAUAGAUAAAUCUUUUCCUUUCAUUUGAUCAUGUUUGGUACUAGUUAUGGAAAAAGGUGAGCCCACAUUAAUACCGGAAUGGUUGAAAAGCAGUGGAAGUGUAACUGGUGGUGAUGCUACAACGCGCCAAAUUGCAUCAUCUUCGUCGCAGUCAGAUGAUCAUGUCAUAUCAAAGACUGCAAGAAAUAAGUCAUCUGUGAACAUUACUGAUCGAACUACUUCCUUGUACUUUCGUCGGAGUUCCAGUAGUAAUGGACCUGAUCGCUCGCGGUCUUUCAGUAGUUUAGGUAGAAGUAAUCGUGAUAGGGAUUGGGAAAAGGACAUAUAUGACUCCCAUGAUAAAGAAAAGUCAAUUUUGGGUGGCUAUAGGCAUCGUGACUAUUCUGAUCCUGAUCCAUUAGGGAGCAUUUUGCCGGGUAGGUUUGAGAAGGAUGUGCUAAGGCGUUCUCAAUCAAUGAUUACUGGGAAACGAGGUGAGACUUGGCCCAGAAAAGUUGCAGCUGACUCAAGCAAUGCCAACAAAAGCAACCACAACAAUAGCAAUGGCGUGCUUCCAGGUGGCAGUGCCAGCAGCAGUGUGCACAAGGCUGCUUUUGAUAGGGAUUUUCCGUCUCUCGGAGCUGAAGAAAGACAAACGGCUCCUGAAGUAGUAAGAGUCUCAUCUCCUGGCUUGACUACUGUCAUCCAAAGCUUACCAUUAGGCCCUUCAGCUGUGAUUGGUGGUGAUGGGUGGACAUCAGCCUUGGCGGAGGUGCCUGUGAUAGUUGGAAGCAAUGGCACUGGUGGAUCUGUUCAACAAGCUAAUCCUGCCAUGUCAGUUUCUGUGACUUCAAGCAUGAUAACUAGUCUCAACAUGGCUGAAACUUUGGCCCAGGGCCCUUCUCGUGCUCAUAGUAGUUCCCAGUUAUCUUCUGGCACACAGAGGCUUGAAGAGCGGGCUAUUAAACAAUCCAGGCAAUUAAUUCCCAUGACACCAUCCAUGCCAAAAGCCUUGGUUCUGAAUCCUUCAGAGAAAGCUAAACCUAAGAUUGGGCAGCAGCAGAAUCAGAUCUCAUCUUCUCACCUUGUUAAUCACUCUCCACGUGGUGGGCCUGCAAAGUCUGAUGUUUCAAAGACAUCUAGUGUGGGAAAGCUUCAUGUUCUUAAGCCAUCACGAGAGAAGAAUGGUCUUUCUCCGACUGCAAAGGAUAGCUCGAGUCCAACAAGUGGUAGUAAAGUAGCACCAACAAGUGGUAGUAAAGUAGCAAACACCACAGUUGCUGUUGCACCUUCGGUCAUUGGUUCCGCUCCCUUGAGGAGCCCAAACAACAACUCAAACCUUGCCAGUACUGAGUGCAAGCCAGCCCUGGCAGUUUUGGAAAAAAGACCCACGUCUCAAGCUCAGAGCCGGAGUGAUUUCUUCAACCUCGUGAGGAAGAAAUCUAUGACAAACCCUUCUGCUGUUCCUGGUCCUGUCCCUGCUGUGUCACACCAUGUCUUGGAUAAGUCUGACGAGGCAGAAGCUGAUGCUGCUCCUGUUACUCAGGGUAGAGAUGCCCCUUCAUCAUAUAGCUCUGUUGGCUCGUCAUCUGAAAAGAGUGGCGAUGUGGCAAGCAAUGGUGAUGCCUCUUACCGGCCUCAGGAAUUUGUAAGCAAUGGUAAGAAUCAUUCUAGCUCUGCUGCAAUCCUUAGUUCAGAGGAGGAAGAGGCUGCAUUUUUACGUUCACUUGGCUGGGAGGAAAAUGGAGAUGAUGAAGGCCUUACAGAGGAGGAGAUCAGUGCUUUCUACAGGGAUAAGGGAGAUAAUGAGCAGUACAUUAAAUCAAGGCCAUCCUCAAGAAUUCUCCAAGGAAUGCCGUCAAAGUUUUCAGUGCCUGUCAAUCUACGCAUGGAAAGUGUUGGUGGUGCUUCUUCAUCUGGGUUCAGCUCAUCUGACUCCAAACCGGAAUCUUGAUUUACUAAACCUCUUACUAUACGGGGCUUGAUAAUUUCUUAAUUUGGUGGAUUUUUUUUCCUUUUUUGGCUUCUUUGAUUGAUAUUGAGAAGGAAAUCCGAGUUGUCAAGUGGGCAUUGGAAAGAAGAAAUGGUGGGAUUUGUGUAUUCUGUGCCAUUUGCUGGACGUAAAUUGGAAUAAGUUACAGAUGGUGCAGUCCCCCUGAUGACUUGUGAUGUUCUUGGCCUGCUUCUUUGACUCGUUAGAAUUUCCUGAGGUUUAAAGGUUGUGAGCAAAAAACAGGAAUAGAGUUCCUUUUGGUCUGAAAUGUAAGGAACUGCUAAGGGAAAUUGCAGUGGUUUAGGCAUGUGUCAGUUUUGGGUUUUUGUUUUUUGUUUUUUUGAGGGAGGCCUAAUUAAACAAAUAGCUUAUGGUUUCUUUAGUCUAUUUUAGAAAGGAAAAGGAAGCAAGAAAUUUAUUUUCAUAGUA